AUGGGUAAUGGUCAUUCUCAAAAUUAUGUUCUUCAAAAUGCCUACACUUAUGGUUACAUACCUAAUGCUCAAUUAUUUGGACCUGCCCCAAACCUGGUUCGCUGUCCAGCAUGUAGCCAAAAAAUGAUAACAAAAGUGAAUCAUGUUAGUGGUAGAUAUACGCGGGGAAUGUGUUACUUGUACAUAAUUAUUGGGUAA